AUGCCAAUUGAUGAAGUUGAGCAGCUCGAACGGUAUUGCCCGGGAGGAUACCAUCCGGUAAAUGUCGGAGAGCAGCUGGGUGGUAAAUAUUCUAUCAUCCAUAAGCUUGGUUACGGUUCAUACUCGACGAUUUGGCUGGCAAGAAACCAGGAAGUCGGAAGAUAUGUCGCUAUAAAGAUACCGGUCGCAACAUGUGAUUCUACUGGGACGCGAGAAACCGAUAUCCUACGCCGGUUAAAUCACACAGGGUUGGAAGGAAAGGCUCAUCCCGGGGCAGCAUACAUCCCGUCAAUAUUCGAUGGCUUUUCUGUUUCUGGGCCUAAUGGCGUACACCAUUGCCAUGUCACUGAAAUAGGAAUGAUGAAUCUGGGAGAAGCUAAAGAUUCCUCCUAUAUUCACCUCUUUCGGCUGCCUGUAGCUAGGGUUAUGGCUGUCCAACUUGUCCAGGCAGUGGCAUUCCUACAUUCCCAGGGUAUCGUUCACGGUGGUAAGUUACCCUCUAGUGGUGAUCCAAUCUUUCUUCUCCUUUUAUGUGCCGGAUGUCUAAUGAGAUGGAUCACUGCAGACUUGCACGAUGGCAACGUCUUAAUUCGUCUACCUGGAAGUAUGGAUUCUCUUGCGCCGGAACAGCUUUACGAAAAGUAUGGAUCACCUCGAUACGAGCCGGUUGAACGUCUAGAUCAGGGUCAGCUUCCCGAGGGGGUCCCUGAAAAGGGUCUUGUGCCUAUCUGGCUAGGAAAGGACAGUGAGCUUGUUGACUUAUCAGAAGCUCAAUUUAUUCUGACUGAUUUCGGCGGGUCUUUCAUGCCAGCUACUACGUCGCGGCCUUACUCCAAUGCACCACGAAUUUGGACUCCACCAGAGAUCUUCUUCGAACAGGGAAAGUCACUUUCUUUUCCUGUCGAUAUCUGGAUGCUUGCGUGUACGAUUCGGGUCAUUAUAGCCCAAAGCCCGCUUUUUGAGGUAUACAAUCCGUCAGACGACAUGGUAAUAAAAGCACACGUUGGCUGCCUUGGAAAGCUGCCAGCGCCGUGGUGGCAGGAGUGGGAUGCUCGUGCAGAUUGGUUCAACGAGGAUGGGGAAAAGAAAAUUGAGACAUACGCCCCGUCAUUGGAGCAGAGAUUUAGCGAGUCGGUGCGGGAGCCAAGGCAGAAGUAUAGGACGGAGGAGAUGGAUGAGAUUGAGAAGGUUGCUUUGUUCAAGAUGUUGAAGGCUAUGCUUGCAUUUAACCCUGAGGAAAGACCAACUGCGCAGGAACUCUUGAAUUGCGAAUGGAUGCAGAAGUGGGCUCUUCCUGAGUUUUCCCAAAUCAAGGCGACUAGCAGGUCCCAUACUCUGUGUGCUAUUCGGACGGACAGCAAGCGGGGCGCCAGACGGCUCCCAUUGCUCGCCGUCCUGUACUGUGAAGUACAGGUAUUAUCAGGGCUCCAUUGUCUUACCUGUGAUGAUUGUGAGGUCUUGCAGCAAGCCACAAACUGUCAAGUCUCAGCCCUACAGUCCCAAGACUAUGUAAUAACUGGAAGAUUGGUCACAUCACACUGGGAUCCACUCAACUAUGUCCACGCAAUGGGAUUCUGA